AGAAAAUAAAAGUGACAACAAUAAGCCACAUACAAGGGGCUGAAAACCACAAAGAUUUCUAUUAUUAUAAUUUUAAAUCAACUUUAAGAAAAGGUGAUGUGAUUUUUAAAGAUACUUAUCGUAUCCUAUAAAAAUUCCUAUGGACAUUACAAAUCUUCUUUAUUGACAUACAAUUUUAGUUUAAAAUCGGUGAAAGGCAAAAAGAAUACUUGAUAAAUGAUGACACUGUCAAGUGUAUUUUACAUGUUUUUGACAGUUACAUAUAGAGUUGCCAACACUCAUUUCUCAUUUUUGUGGUAUUAUUGUGCGAAUAACCCCAAUAAAUUUUUCACAUUGAGAAUAUAAUAGGCCUGUAUCUUAACUGCUAACUAUCGUUAGCUGGCAAAGUUUCUGCUGGAAAAGUGUUUCUUAACCUAAAAAACCAGCAGCAAUUAGCAAAAGUUGAGAGCGUAAAAAGCUGAGAGAGCUGCUAGGUACUGCUAGUGAAAUUUAUACUAGCAGAAAAUAGCUACUGCCAUAUGAAAAAAACAACUGAUACAGCACAUAUGUAUACAAGCGAUAUUUGACGUAUUCAAUUUUGAUUUGGUUUGUUUUAAUAGUUUUAAAUUGUGAAAAUAAAAUUUCAAUUGAUUAAUUUUUAAGUGUUGAUAUGAAGUGAUUGUAAAAAAUUAAAUGUUGUUAUUUCCUUUCUAGUUUCUAGUGGUUUUACGAUUCUUAAUUUUUUCGUUAUUUGUGAGAAGUCAAUUUUCUUCUCCCUGCUAGCCAGUGGAUACCAGCAGUCAAGUUACAGACCAAAUGUUUUUCUUGCUAUUUCACAAGAAAAAACAGAGUAUUAAAUUAAAAUAGUAUAGUAAUAGGAAAUACCGAAUCACCACUUAAACGGAUUCUUCGUGAAUACACUCAUUAGAAAAUCAUUACAUUUUCUCGACCGUUUGGCAACACCACCAAAUAUUUUCUGGAAUUUGCUUUGCUUAUCACACAUUUUAUUUUUUUACGGGCGGUGAACAUACUUGAUUUUUUUAUCUCUGCUUGUACGUCAAGCAAUUGUUUGUCAAAACGCGUCUGCUACAGAAUAUAAUUAAAUCGUUGAAUACUUCAACGAUUUCACAACGCCUCUCAACUUCAGCUGCACAACUAGCAAACAGUGUAGACAAUAGCAAUAAAACAAUGGUUAUCCAACACAAUGUUAAGGGUUAUGACGAGUUUACCAAAUUGGUAGAGGAAUUGGAAUCGAAUGCCGAUGGGCAACCUAUUCAUGUGCUCUUUAGCGGUGGCAAGGAUGAGAAUGGACAGAGCUGGUGCCCUUAUUGUGUGAAAGCUGAGCCGGUUGUGCAUGACGCACUACCCAAAGCUGCGGAAAAAUCGCAUUUCAUUCACGUGGAUGUUGGUGAGCGUGCAUAUUGGAAAGACUUGAAUUGCCCAUUCCGUAAGGAUCCCAACACUCAUCUGAUAUUUUUGCCUACGCUACUGCGUUGGAAAUCGCCACAACGUUUGGAUGGUGAACGUGUCAGCAAUAAGGAUCUAGUGGAAAUGAUAUUCGAGGAUGAGGAUUAAUUAUAUAGCAGUGCUUGUGCGAAUUUGCCAAAUUGUAUACUUACUUGCAAAUCAACACACACACACACCUGUAUUCUAAAUUAGCUUGGCGUUAAUAUAUAUGUAUGCCUGUGUAAACCGCGAUAUUAUAAAUUAUAUUAUUUUCGUUAAAAUUUAAAUAUAACUAUUGGAAUGUUUUAUUUGAAUUUCACUAUUUAAACCACGUGGUGUAAUUAAAGUGCGUUGUAUAAAUUAAUAA